AGAUUUUUGCCUACCCACAAUUCAUUGCGCGCCGGCACCCGUUCACAUCAAGGCAGCAUCACCGCAUCCCACCCGUUACCAUGACCGACAAAAAGCAACCAGUUGACCUAGGGUUACUGGAGGAAGACGAUGAGUUUGAAGAAUUCCCAGCCGAAGACUGGACGGGAUUGGACGAGGAUGAAGAUGCUCAUGUUUGGGAAGACAACUGGGACGACGAUAACGUCGAGGAUGAUUUCUCCAACCAGUUAAGAGCGGAGCUGGAAAAGCAUGGCUACAAGAUGGAGACGUCGUAGUGGCUGACAAGAUCCAUGUGGUUAAGAUGGACAUUUUUCUGUGAAUAUUGUGGGAGGGAAGGAGAGCUUAUGUUUGUUUCAUUUUGUAAGAAUUUUUGAAAGAAAUAAAAUGCUUGGAUGAAACAAUUU